AACAAUAACAAUAACAUCAAUAGCAGUUCAAUGUUGAUGAGAUUUGAGAGCAACAGUAGACAAUCAAAGGACCUCUAUUAUGUUCCACCUUCUAAAUUGACACAGUCUCAAGCUAUACGUUCCAGUAAUCCACUGCGGCAGAGUAGUGCUCGGAGUGGUGGUGGCGGGAACUCUGGAACGAUCACUCCGCCACUCAGCCCCGCACUAAAGUCAUCGCAACAACCAUUCACACCUUCAUUCCUUGGGACCACUAUGGCCACAGACAGGCUGACACCUCUCACCCCACCGCCACUGCCACCACUUCCAAGUGCCAGUUACGCUGCAAUACUCGAUGUAAACGACCAAUCAUCAUCACCAAACACACCCCUCGACAUCAGUAUCACAGAGCACCGAUCAAUGCCAACGCCAAACCCGGCGGAAGAAGUGCACUUUGAUCAUUAUCCACAGCCACUAUUCUCUGCCACUUCACCAAAUGACGAUGAUGACCAUGUAUUCCUGAACACAGUGCGACAGAUCAGACAGUUCAAGUUUGGAAAGAAACAGAAGAAGCACUUCUUACACUUUAUGGCCGGUAUGUUACCGGUCGCCACUUGGCUGCCCAAGUACAGCUGGCGCGAGGACAUCAAGGGCGACUUGAUCGCCGGUAUAACCGUGGGAGUAAUGCUCAUCCCACAAGGCAUGGCCUACGCCCUUGUGGCCGACCUCCCAAUGGUCUACGGCCUGUACUCUUCAAUAAUGCCCAUCAUUGCCUACUGCAUGUUUGGAUCGUCGCGGCAUUUGUCCAUGGGUCCAUUCGCCAUCAUCUCAUUGUUGUCACUGGAGACUGUUAACCGCGAGAUUGGAGACUUUGGCUCAAACAUGGAACUACGCAUCAGUCUGUCGAUCCUGCUCUCAUUCAUGUGCGGGGCGUAUCAGAUCCUUUUCGGUCUGUUGCGCUUUGGAUUCGUGUCCAACUUCCUGAGCGACCCGGUCAAGACGGGCUUCAUCAGUGGGUGCGCUCUAAUCAUUGGCAGCAGUCAACUCAAACAUGUGUUUGGGUUCAAAGUCGAAUCAACCAACUUCCUCCCGCUCCUGAUCGUGCGAUAUCUCGCCAAAAUCAAAGACACUAAUUGGUGGGCGGUACUUAUCGCGGUCACAGGCUACCUCUUCCUUCUGGGCAUCAAGAAAGUGAAUCAGCGAUACAAGCUUAAAGUGCCCGGCCCGCUACUUGUUGUCGUAGUGUUGACCUUCAUAUCAUGGAUUGCGGAUCUGAACAAGCGUGCGCACAUCGACAUUGUUGGACCCAUCCCUUCGACAUUCCCCGUGCCCACCUUCCCAACAGUGCCUCACCAGGAUGGCUAUGACAAUAACUGGCUGAGCGUAGUGAUCAGGAUGACGCCUGGCGCACUCGUGCUCGUGUUGGUAGGCUUCAUCACAACUGUGUCGGUGGGCUCAUCAUUCGCCGAGAAGUACAACUACGAGAUUCAGCCCAAUCAGGAGCUGCUGGCACUGGGCAUGGCCGACUUUGUCGGAUCAUUCUUCCAGUCGUUCCCGAUCGGCGCCAGUCUGUCCCGCACAGCAGUCAACUCACAAAGUGGCGCCAAGUCUCAGCUAUCAUCAUUCAUCUCAUCAAUCUUGGUGUUGUGCUCACUAUUCUUCCUGACGCCAAUCGUUCGUUUCUUGCCAAAGUGCAUCCUGGCCAGUAUUGUGAUCGUUGCCAUUGUAGACUUGGUCGAGUUCAAGAUCGCCCAUCAAUCUUUGGAAAGUGCAUCGCAAGGACCUAUUACUAUACAUCAUUGCGUUUGGAUCAACUAUAUUCCUUGGCAUCCUUCAAGGUGUACUCAUUGGAAUCAUUUGCUCACUAUUACUGGUCAUCUACCGAAGUGCCUAUCCACCCUUUGCCGAGCUUGGUCGUGUGCCAGGCACCGAGCUCUACAAGAACAUCAAGCGAGUGCCAGAGACCGAGACAUUCAAGGGCAUCAAGGUUGUGAGGAUUGA